AUGCGAGACAGUUUAUCAGUUACAUAUGGUCAUCGUUUCGGUUACUCUGAACCAAAUCAAAGACGUUGGGCUCGUCAUCAUGGCCACUGUGCGGGUAAAACACAAUCACCCAUAGCAGUACAUUCUAGCAAGACCAUUCCUCUUCAUAUGCCUGCAGUGGAUAUGAUUGGUUAUCAUAAUGUGUUGCCUCAUCCUUUGAAAAUGAUUAACAAUGGUCACACCGUAUCAAUUGCCAUACCAAAACUAGCUGAUGUGGCAAAGGAUAAUGGUGAAUUUAUGCCAUAUAUACGCGGCGCCAAGUUGCCGGGCGAAUUUGAAGUUGAAGGCAUUCACUUCCAUUGGGGUGAUAAAAAUAAUCGUGGUGCCGAACAUGUUGUCAAUGAUAUACGUUAUACUAUGGAAAUGCAUAUUGUACAUCGCAAUAAGAAAUAUGCCUCAUUGACAAAAGCUUUGGAUUAUGCUGAUGGUGCUGCUGUAUUGGGUUUCUUUUUCAAUUUGGAUGAAGAUGAGGGCCAAGGACUUUUCACAAUAUGUCGUCAUUUACACUUGAUACCGGAAGCCAAUAAUGAAGUUGCUUUGAAUGUUACUUUCUCUUUAUCAUCUUUAAUACGUGGUGUCGAUAUUGAUAAAUUCUAUACAUACAAAGGUUCUUUGACCACACCACCCUGUUCGGAGGCCGUUACCUGGGUUUUAUAUCCAGAUCCCAUACCCAUUUCGCCCAAACAAAUCUCACGUUUCCGUCAAUUAUCCGACAAUCAAGAAGGAGCUUUAGUCGAUAACUACCGUCAACUGCAACCCUUGGGCAAUCGUCGUGUUUUCAUGCGCAAUGGCAAUACUCAACACACUCAAAUCGCUAGAUUGUUAUCGGAAGUAGAUUACAAGAAAUGGGAUUGGUUCCAUUGAUUUAUUUAUUUAAAAACAUAAAUUGAAAAUAUUGCAAUUAUAACAUUAUUUGUGUUGUUUGUAAAAUAAUUCAUUUUAAGUUAAUUAAGUUUUCUUUUUCCUUAUGUCGUCUCUCUUUCUCUCUUUGCCUCUGACUGUAAGAAAUGUACUUAAUUUUAAGUUUUCCUAGAAAUAGAAAACUAACAAAGUAAUUUAUAAUAAUAUUAAUUAUUUAUGCAUUUAUUUAAUAGUUUUUGUCAAUAUUUACAA